AUGAUAUUUAAAUUUAUAUUACUAUUAACUAUAAUAUGUACUAUACUAGCUAUUAUUAUACUAUUUGGUGAUUCACCAAGUUUAAGAAAUACUAUUAUACAGAAAUUUAGAAUAAGACUACUACAAUUGUCUGGUAAAUUAUUCACUGGUUAUGAAAAACUAGAUAAGAGAUUGGAUGGAAGGUUACUUUAUUAUUUGAAUUGGUUGGUACCCAUUGGUUAUAUCAUUGUCAUUACUACUUGUUUUCAUUUCUUCUUUAUGUUUAGUUAUCCAUUACUUGAUCCAAGUUAUUUGACUCAAUUUGCUAUAUUUUCAAUCAUUUUAUCAGUUUACAUUUCUACAUUUUUAACUAUUUUUACCAACCCAGGAGAAACAAAAGAUGAAAAAUUAAUGAAAACUUAUCCUUAUCAUCCUAAUAGUCUUAUAUUUUUUAAUGGUCAAGUAUGUCAUACUUGUAAUUUAGUCAAACCAGCACGUUCAAAACAUUGUUCAGUUUGUAAUUCAUGUUUUUUAUUAUUUGAUCAUCAUUGUAUCUGGGUAAACAAUUGCAUUGGAUUAAGAAAUUAUAAAUUUUUCCUAAUGUUUUUAUUUACCAACAUUGCAAUGUUAACAUAUGGAGGUUAUAUAUGUUUUAAUAUAUUAUAUUCACAAACUAGUAUCAGUCAUUUUUGGAAUUUGAUAACUAGAACAGAUGAAGCUAAUAAAGUGACUGGUACUUUUUUAUUACUUUGUUGCAUAUUUACAUUACUUGCUUCUGCAUUCACUAUUUUAAAUUUAAGGUAUAUCUAUCUUGGAGUAACAACUAAUGAAGUUUCAAAAUGGGAAAAUAUAAAUUAUUUAAUUGAUUUAGGAUUAUUAAAUAAGAUUAGUCGAUCGAUUGAUAAUGAGCAAUAUGCUGAGGAGUUUAAUUUGAAAGGGGAGAUUAUAUAUAUUAGUUUAAAAGAUGAUAGAAUAUUAAUUGAUAAGAAUAAUCGACAUGAGUAUGAUAUACAGAAAGUUGAGUCUAUUGAAGAGAUUGAUAAUGUUUAUGAUAAUGGAUUUUGGAAUAAUUUAAAAGAGAGGAUAUUUAUAUAG